AAUUUUUUAGGCUCUCUAAAAAUUCCUAGAGUUUCUUACGUUCAAAAAGAAUUUUUUGCAAUGAUGGCGGACAGAAAACGAUUAAAUCCUUUCUCAAUUGGAAUAAAAAAAUCGGAGCAAUAUAUUUCCGAUUAUUUUUAUAGAGAAAUGUUUAUUAGCGAUUCUGAAACUGAAAAAGAUAAAAAUAAAAUGGACGGAAAUUUGGAUGAAGAAAUAAUUGAUUGUGUUGGUGGAGGGGUUGAUUUAAAUGAAUAUACAAAUGAUGAAGUGAUUAAAAUUAAUCCUGCUGACGAAUUUGCAGAAGCUGUGUGUUCGGUUAUGAAAAAUGCGUCUUACUCGUUUGAGGAAGGAGAUGAAGAUUUUUUGAAAAUUGCUAAUGAAAGAAUGUAUUUAUUGGAAGAAGGCACUAAAGUAGUCUUAAAUAUACUUUUAAAAUAUAUUAUUGAACAAAGACAUGUUGAUGCUUUUGUGUUGGGACUAGCUGGAGGUGCUUCAAUAUUUCAUUCAUUAACUAUGAAAAAUGCUAAUCGUCUUAGAGAAUCACUUAAACUUUAUAGCAAGUCAAGUCAACAAGCAAUCAUUACUGCUCAUAAUUGGCUUUUGAAGAAUUUACCAGUAUAUUUUAUUGCUUCCUAUUUAAAUUUACUUCGAUUUCUUAAAGCAGCGGGAAGUAAUUUAAGUGAUCAUAUUGUUCGAUUUAGCGAUGAAAAUUGUAUGCUAAUUGCAAAUAAUUAUAUAAAAGAUUUUAUUGCACAAAAAAUUUAUGAACCUCCAAUGCAUCCAAAUUUUAAACCUUUGGAGUAUGGCCCAAUAAAUAAUGUUAGUCUUAUUCUUGUUUAUCCUCAAAUUACUGUGAAGACGUCUAAACAUUUUAUUAGAGCACAUGAAAUUUUGUUUAGGCAAUUAUUACCUCAAAUUGUUUGUUGUGUUGAAAAAAUAGAAUUACAUUUUGAUGUUAAUUGGACAGCAAUAACAGUUGAAGAAAUUGCUUGGAUGUGUAUUAGAUUAAUUAGAAAAAAAGUUAGAGAAAUUGUUAAAAGGCGGCCAAAUGAUCAUAUUUUCUUAGCUGGUUGGGGAACUACUUGUUGGUUAAAUCAUAAAGUUAUUUCUAAAGUUUCUGGUGUUUCUGGACUUUUAAAUUUUGCUUUUCCAACAGAAAGUGCUUGUGGUUCUAGAGGGGUGAAUUUUUUUAAUUUGUUAAUUUCAUUUUUUUGGUGGGAAAAAUCUUUUUUUUCUAUGAGUUUUUUUGAGUUUUAAAAUUUCAAAAAAAUUUCGUAUACUUUCAAAAAAAUUUCGUAUAAAAAAUUCCAUAUACUUUACCCAAAAAUUCAACUCAAAUUCUCCUCCGAAAUUCGAACCUUUACCCCUACACAAUUACAUUUCCGUCGCUUUACCCACUCGGCCAAGCAGCAGCUUCAUUAAUAAAUUAAAUUUAAUAAC